AUGGGUUCCGCCGUCGCUCACUUCAACUCCAUUGGACGGUCCACAACCCCGCUCUCGCCUCUCCCUCCUUUCCCAACCGUACACGCGGCGGCCGAGUCCCCCGUCUCCGCCUACAUGCGGUACCUCCACAACUCAAUCUCAGCCGUCGAUGCUAACAAAAACCAGGCUUUCUCGGGAUUCUCGCCGCUGGCCCCACUCGUGUCGCCGCGCUGGACCAAUCAGACGCCGCAGCAGAAUCAGCAGGCUGGGCCCCCACAGCAGGGGAUGCUUUCCUCGGCGAGUCAGCAACAACCGCCGGCGACGGCGAUAUCGUCACAGCCGCAGUUCACUCUGCCUCAGUCACCGCUUCCGUUUGGGUGCUUGAAUUCGCCGCGGUCACCGUACCCUUUGAUGUCCCCAAAUCAAUUAGGGUUUCCUCAGCUUCCGCUCUCGCCGACAGUGCCUGUUCCAAGCCCUAGAUGGAGAGGUUUCUAA